ACUGCCCUUGCGGAGAAUUUUGCGCUCUAUGAAGGAUGGAGCAUGGAUUUGUGUUGUGCGAAAUUGCAGAGGAAAUAGCUCCAGGAUGUCCGGAAGAGCCGUCAGAGUUAAGUUUUGGGAAGCGUCGAUGGAAAGUCAAGGAUUAUUUGACAGAAAAAGCAGAGGCUAUUGAGAUAUGCAUUCAAGGAUGUCAGGAGGCCCGUACCCGGAAGCUCAGCUUCAAGGCGAUCAAGCAGGAGUCGGGAGUGUGGAAGCUGGUCCUCUUUCACGACCAGAGAAUCGCUCUUGCGCGUCCCGCAGAGUUGCAAAUGGCUGACAUACUCCUUCCCCUGAUAUUUCGAGAUUACACGCCAAGUCUGGAGUUCCGAGUGGCUGAGCAGGAGCGCCUGCAUCAGCGGCCACUCAAAACGUAUGUGACCACCAAGCUGUAUGACGCCCUCUACGACCGUCACUUAGAAGCCAAGAAUGCAUCCGUGCAUCAGAAACUACUCCUGCCAAAUCGCUUCAAAUCGAAGCUGCGAAAGUACCAGGAGCGAACUGUUAUCUGGAUGCUUCAAAGGGAACAAGAGGCUGCCGAACUCACUGCCAACUAUACCCCUCUCUGUGCCGUGGAUGGUAUUAGUAGGGUAUACAAACAUAAUUACUGCCUGCAGUUUUACGCCCACGAGGAUGCGCUCCCCAAGAUAUUACUGCCACCUGGAGGCAUUCUGGCCGACGAAAUGGGCCUGGGAAAGACCGUCGAGUUCCUGGCAAUGUUGCUGAUGAACCCCAGGCCGCCGGAGUCCUGCAAGAAUACAUACUGGCACACGAGAAUUGAAGAGAUUGUGAGCGACGUUCCUCUGAAACUGAUGCGAAAGGGAAACGGCGGUGAGGUCUUCUGCGUCUGCACCUCAAAGAAGGGCGCUCGGGUGCAGUGUUUCAAGUGCCGGCUCUGGCAGCACACACAUUGCAUGAAUAGUUCGGACGAUAUACCUCACCUUUGUCCCAACUGCUGGACGGAGGUGGUGGAUUCCUCGGACCAGCUUAUAGAAACGGGAGCCACAUUCAUCGUCUCACCCAACGCUAUUAAGAUGCAGUGGUUCCGCGAAAUGCAGAAGCAUAUUUCCCCAAACCUGAAGGUUCUGCUCUACAGAGGCUUGCACACGGGCGCAGGCACCUGGUACAGUCCGCUCAGGCUAGCAGAGUACGAUGUGGUCCUCACCGACUAUGUCACUCUGCGCAACGAGAUCUACCACACGGCGGACUUCAAGUCCGACCGUCAGUUGCGCCACCAACGGCUGUACAUGCGCUCCAAUAGUCCUCUCUUGAUGGUCAAUUGGUGGCGUGUUUGCCUGGACGAGGCUCAGAUGGUGGAGAGCAACACCUCGGCGGCAGCUGAAAUGGUGCGAAAGCUGCCGGCCAUCAACCGCUGGGCCGUCACAGGCACCAUUGAUGACCUGCCACCAUUGCUUGAAUUCGUAGGACGAACAGACGCCACUCAGCCCCCGGAUGCCUGGAAGACGGUGCACAAGGCCUUUCAGCUCAACUAUCAAACAGACCCGCUGCUCGACCUGCUCCAACACAGUCUUUGGCGAACGUGUAAGUCCAAAGUCGAGCACGAACUGGGGAUACCGCCGCAGAUGGAGGUGGUGCACCGCCUGGAGCUUAGCAACGUGGAAGCUCUCUACUACCGCGAGGAGCACUUUAAGUGUCACGAGCAGUUCCUCACUGCAGUCUCCAAGCACACCUGCCACAAUCCUGACAAUAGCUACUGCCUGGCGUCCAUUUCGCCACAGCUGUUGCGAGUGAUCCUGAAGCCCUUCCUUCGCAUCCGCCAGACAUGCUCGGUUCCCGUGGUGCACAACAGCAACGUGUCGAGCACAGACUACCUGAAUCCGCAGGACCUUUUGGAGCGCCUCAAGUCCAACAACGAGACGGAGUGCAAGUCGGAGCUGCGCAGCUGGGCUUCCUCCUACAACGGAUUGGCUGCCAUUCACUUUAUUCGUGAGGACUUUCCUCAAGCCAUCAGGCAUUAUAAACUGCUGCUGAAGCUGGCUGCAGAUUACAAUAAGGACAGUAUAUCUGUGGACAGUGUGCUGCAGAUUCACGCCAUCUUCAACCUUCUCCAGGCCAGUGACGCCGCUGCCCUUGCCGACAGGGUUUCCGAGUUGGAGAAACAAACCUAUGAGUCGCAGUUGAAGCGAUUGGAGUGGAAGUAUCUGGAAGACAACACAGCGGUUCUCCAAGCAGCUCUCGGAGCGUACGAAUCCAAACUAGGCGAGCUGCACGAGUUGGGUAAUAAGUUUAAAGGAAACGUUGUGAACUUGCUGGUUACGGUGGUCAACCACGAACCCAAGCUACACAAUUCAAUAUGGAACAAAGUCCGGGACGACUUCACCCGCAGGAACAUCUCCAUGAAAAAGCUUGAAAACGUAGACUCCAUGUCCGGCAUGGUGUAUAUUGUGGACUUGUGGUUCCAGAAGGUUCAGGAACUGAACGAACACGCCAUUGGGGAGAUUGAAUUCCUGAAGGAAAUCAUGGAGAAGGCUUGCGGCGCCAUCAAGAUGGGUUCGACCCUGUCGCAGGACAUCCUUAAUUUUAUAGCAACUGUGACAGACUGCCAUCUGGCAGACAUAUUGGACGACAAGCCCAAUGACAACCCAGAGAAACCAAAGAAAGUCCGACACUGCCGCCUCUGCAAGAUUAGGGACUGCCUGAAUCAGUUCGAGUGUCUGCUGUUCGCCAAAGAACUUGAUGAUGAAGCCGAAGCCACUGAGGGCCUCGAAGUGCCCAGCAUGGAGAUUAGUCUUAUAACCAGCAUCUUCUCCUUCCUGCGCACCAAGCCCGCUUUCAGCCAGUGGCAACUGGAACUGGAAAAUAAAUUGGACUUUCUGACUUGCCUCCAGAGUGUCGUAAAGCUUGAGCUCAAAUGCUGGAUCGAGGUCGAGUACAUGGUGAAGGCCUUCGACGAACUGGAGAUGUGCAAAAUGCGCAUCCUUCUGACCGACAACCCGGACGAGCAAUCCAACUACCGCAUCCUGGCCUGCCAGUUGGAAGAACAGCAGCAGUUCAAUCAGGUCAACUUGCAGGAAUCGCAGCUCAACUUCACGAGACUUUUUGGACGCCUCAAGUACCUGAAGCAUCUUAAGGAGGAUGCCACCGACAAGCCGUGCCCCAUUUGCCAGACGCACGACGACCUGAGGUACGUGAUGAUGGUCUGCGGUCACUUCGUGUGCCAACUUUGUCUGGAGAACAUGAAGAAAAGCACUCUACAUGGCAUCUCCAAGUGUCCCAUAUGUCGACAGGACUCUCCGCAAUUGUACUACUCUGUGCGGCGCGAAUCAGGCAUCGCCAUUGCUGGGGACUUCUCCACUAAAAUCUCGAACAUCGUGGAGCAGGUUCUGAAGAUCAGGUCCGCAAACGCAGACGAGAAAAUCCUAAUCUUUUCGCAAUGGCAGGCCAUUUUAUUCCAAAUUUCCAAAGCGCUCGCCCUUAACAAUGUGAAGUUUCGCAGCAAGUGCAUCGAACAAGACUUUGCGGAUUUUAAGAAUCCCGAUCUCAACAUAACCUGCUUGCUGAUGCCGCUGUCCAAAGGAUCCAAAGGACUCAAUCUUAUCGAAGCCACGCAUGUGUUUCUAGUGGAGCCGAUCCUAAACCCAGGAGACGAAAAACAGGCCAUCGGUCGCAUCCACCGAUUUGGCCAAACAAAGCCUACCAAAGUACAUCGCUUCAUCGUAAAUGGAACGAUUGAGGAAAACAUACUCUCAUUGAUUACCUCAGCCGAUGACACAAAGACACUGUCCACCCACUGGGAUCUAGAGAACAUGACGCUCGAGGGGCUCAAGCAGCUGUUUAUACUUCGGGACAAAAGUUAGAUUAAGGAAAAUUAGUUAUCCUGAAGGCGUCAGUUUUUUUUUUGACUAUUGCAGUAUAUCCUUAGAAAAGGUUGUUUAUAAGACUCGUAGCUUAUGGAGUCUAUGUCGCACGUCCUCUUUCUUAGAAAUUUUGUCUAAAAUUGACACGAACCAUUUUGUAUUUAUAAUUAUUCGGAAAAUAGGGAAAACUGAUAUUCAAAAAGUGAUUUUGAAAUGGUAUACCCUACAUUGUAACCCUUUAUUGUAAUAUUUACUAAGAAUUCUGUAUUUAAAUGUUUGUGUCAUCUUUGUAUCGUCCCUUGACGUUAAAAGUGAAAUUUUAGAAUACGCAACUCAUUCCACGUAAUCAGAUCCAAGUCUCUCCUGAUUUAAUACCUCAUAGUAGCCACUCCAAUUCUCCUAUAAAUAAACCCAGUUUUUAAGCGUUUAUAUUCUCUUUAUCAAGUUAAAACCCUGAUCAUUGUACAUUGCUCACCUAAACAUAGUAUUUUUAAAUACAAUCCACUUUGUAUACAAUAUUUUUAAGAAGAUUAUUUAUAUUAUAAUGUAAGAAUACGUAUGUAUAUGCUUAAGUAUAUGUUACACCUUACAUGAAUUACAAAGUAUUGCUUUCUGUA